AACGGUAGUAAAACGCGGGAUCGAACGAACCGGAGAUUGGUUUGCAAAAGUUCUAUUGAUUUGCAAAGAAAAUUAGUGAGAAUUAGUGAAAAUGGUGGCGUUAGUGUUUUGUCUAUUGAAACACUCAAUAGCCUUGCUGCUUCUAAGCAUGUGUCUUGCGAUGCUGAUCCGGGAUUCGAACGCGCGACCCCCCGGAAACCAGGCGACUGGCAUCUUCUCCGAGACCGCUCAGUGUAAAACAGACGACGAGCUAGUGGACUUAUGCCAGCGCUGCGCCAAGCUAACAAAAGGGAAAGACGCCUACAAGACCUGCUGCUCGGCAGACCUGAACGCCAGGAAGUGGUGUUAUGACUACGUCUACUUCGGAAGGGAAUGAAUAAAUGCCGAAAGAGGAACCAUGACUAAUUGUGGCUGAAAAAAUUACAACAAAAGAAAAACGAAUCAGUAGGUAAUAUGAAAGACACAACGUAAAAGACUUAGUGUACAACCUCAGUG